AUGGGUAUAAGUUAUGGUACUCAUAUUGACAGGCAUCGGAAUAGUGUGGGGAUCUUAGUGGAUGAGGAGCUUAGAAUGCAGGUGGUGGAGGUGGGCUUAGGAAAGAAGGUAAAAGCGGGGUUUUACGAGGCUUUAGAUGAGGUAGUGAGAGGCAUGCCUAGUUUGGAGAGGAUUGUCAUAGCGGGGGACUUCAAUGGGCACAUUGGGAUUGUGCCGGGAGGUUAUGAUGAUGUGCAUGGAGGUUUUGGUUUUGGUUAUAGAAAUGAGGAGGGAGCAGUUUUAUUAGAUUUUGUGAGGGCUUUUGGGCUCCUGGUGAAGGACUUAUUUAUGAAGAAGAGCAAGAAGAGAAGGGUCAAGAAGGGUCGGCCUAGAAUUAGGUGGGAUGGCUUGAUUCCAGAUAGUGAGCUGAAGAUAGAAGAGAAAGUGGUGGUUUUGGGGGUGUGGGAUUGUAGGGGAGACGUGGAUGCCAUAUGGGAUAAGGCUGCCAGUUGCAUCAUGAAGACUACUAGAGAUGUUUUGGAUAUUUCGAGAGGUCAAGCAGGAUGA